AUGAAGUUCACCACCUCUUUUGUCGCCCUCUCCCUCGUCGCCCUCGGCGUCCAAGCUCGUCAUGAGCUUCCCUCGCGCUACUCCCUUGCGCGUCGCGGCAACCAGUUCGUCACUGGCCCGUGCUCCGUCGACUCGGACUGCCAACAGGGUUGCUGUGGCUUCGCCACUGGCAAAUGCGCCGGCCCCGCGGUCGCGCAGAGCAACGGCUCCGGCGGAUGCGGCCACGGCACCGCCGCCCCCAACUGCAACGUCGCCGCCGCGCUCGGCCUCAAGGACUGCAUCGCCGGCGCCGUGAACGGCAACCUCGCCGAUCCCGCCGUCCAGACCGCGGCCGCGUUCGUCGCCCAGCUCGACGGCCUCCCCUUCACCCCCGCCUCGGGCUCCUCCGCGUCCAACAACGCGGCCGCCCCGGCUGCGGCCGCCCCCGCCGCCGCUGCACCCGCGGCGGACCAGGCCAGCAAGAGCACCGUCUUCGAGACGUGCGCGGCCGACUCGGACUGCCAGCAGGGCUGCUGCGGCUUCUCCACCGGCAAGUGCGCCGGACCCGCGGUCGCGCAGACCAACGGCUCCGGCGGGUGCGGCCACGGCACGGCCGUCCCCAACUGCAGCGUCGCCAAGGCGCUCGGCCUCAGCGACUGCGUCGCGGGCGGCACCAGCAACCCGACCGACCCCCUCGUCCAGGCCGCGGCCGCGUUCGUCUCCAAGCUCGACAACAUCCCGUUCACCCCCGCCAAAUAG